GCCUUUUCUCAAACUAGUUUAAAGCCAGUCACUCUUGAGUAUUAAGGGUCUCUGCUUUGGAUGAAUCAAAAUGUCCAGUAAUCACAGACUUCUGGUGAAAAAUGCCAAACAGGUGGUUCUGAUCUGCAACAGUGGAGAGAAAUACCUGACAAAGCAUGGGAUGAAGAAUCUUUGUGUGAUUGAAAAUGGGAGCAUAGUAAUAGGGAGUGACGGGCUGAUUAAAGCUGUGGGUCCUGCUGAAACCAUCAGAGCUCAGUAUUCAGAGGCAGCGUUUGAUAAAGUGAUUGAUGCCACAGGAAUGUGUGUCCUGCCUGGUUUGGUUGAUGCCCACACUCACCCAGUGUGGGCUGGUGACAGAGUGCAUGAGUUUGCAAUGAAGCUGGCAGGUGCCACCUACAUGGACGUGCACCGGGCUGGCGGAGGGAUCCACUUCACCGUGGAGCACACUCGAGCGGCUGCGGCCUUGGACCUCCUGGCCUCCCUGAGCAGCAGGUUGGUUCGGAUGCAGCGAGCGGGCACCACCCUGGUGGAGUGUAAGAGCGGCUACGGUCUGGAGCUGAGGACUGAGCUCAAGAUGCUGGAGGUGAUCGAAGAGGCCAGACGCACCCUGCCCAUCAACAUCUCCUCCACUUACUGUGGCGCCCAUGCAGUCCCCAAAGGGAAAACAGUUGCAGAAGCCACAGAGGACAUCCUGCAGGUUCAGCUGCCACGGCUGAAAGAACAGAUGUCUGCUGGGAAACUCAGAGUCGACAACAUUGACGUGUUCUGUGAGCAGGGAGUGUUUGACCUCAGCUCCACUCGCUCCAUCCUGCAGGCCGGGAAAAACCUGGGCCUCAACAUCAACUUCCAUGGAGAUGAGCUUCAUCCCAUGAACUCUGCUCAGCUGGGAGCAGAGCUCGGAGCCUUGGCCAUCAGUCACCUGGAGGAGGUCACAGAUGAGGGGAUUGCUGCCAUGGCAAAAGCAAAAACUGCUGCGGUCCUUCUACCAACUACAGCCUACAUUCUCCGACUGCCUCAGCCUCGGGCCAGAGACUUGCUGGAAGCUGGCGUGAUCGUUGCCCUCGGCAGCGACUUCAACCCCAAUGCGUACUGCUGCUCCAUGCCAAUCGUCAUGCACCUGGCCUGUGUCAAUAUGAGGAUGUCCAUGCCUGAAGCUUUGGCCGCGGCCACCAUCAAUGCAGCCUACGCCCUCGGCCGCUCCCACACACACGGCUCCCUGGAGGUCAACAAACAUGGAGACCUGCUGGUCCUCAACACCACGCGGUGGGAGCAUCUGAUCUACCAGCUGGGCGGACAUCAGGAGCUCGUCCGUUACGUCGUCAUCAAGGGCAACGUCGUCUACGAUAAUGACAAAACCGUGGACUUAUAACCAGAUAAGAACGCCCUGCUGACUGAUUCUAAUUAGCGAAGGUACUGUCAAUACCACUACAAAUACAACUGGGGCAUGUAAUCAGGUGUAAGGAAAUGUAAAGUUUUUGGAAAUGUGUAAUCACAGGCUCAGUAUUUGUGUAAAACAGAGCAGAAAUGAUCAUGGUUUACUGGAACACGUGAAUAGAACAGAGCCAGUUUACCGUUAUUAGUCUUUAAACCUGUGCUUUUCCUUCUAUGACAAGUCAAAAUGUCUGCUGUGAAAAUUACAGGUCAUCAAAAUCCUGAUAAAAAUAAUGUCACUCGUCCCCAAUAGUCUGGACACACCCACAAAGCUUUUUAAUUAUAUAACCAACAACAUUACUUAUUGAUAGUCUUUAAUUAUGUUUAUGACUUGCCUGAUAACCUUUUACCUCAUGAUUUACAUCUGUGAUUACUCCACAAAUGUGCAAAAGCUUUGGGAUAAUGAAGACCUAAGAAGGAAACUCUGAUGCGUUUAACUUUCAACAGGGGGCGUUAUUAUCUGGAGAGCCAGUGGGCAUCCUCCCAGGGUUCUGAGGAACUCGAAUAGAUUAGUUGGGUGUUUUGUGCCAAGUUUUCCUGGGAAGGAAUGGACCACAGUGACCCACAGAGGCAGGGCUUACUCCAAAGUCGUGUUCCCGGCCACAUAAAGUCAGAUAUUUUGGUAAGAGGUCACGUCACACAUUAUCCUUCUCAGUUAAUUUGGAGCUUUUGAAUGAAAAUAUGUCCAAACAAGCAGAAUAUGGAGGAACAACACAGUACAAACAUGUGUUGUAAAGUGAAUUUAAAAAAUGGGACAUGAAAACAGACCCCUGAACAUCAUCUUUAUUAUCAUGACCUAAAUUUCCAAACUGUCAAACAGAUAAGUAAUGCAGAGAAAAGCUGAAAUCCACCAAAUCCAACAUUUCAAGUGCAUCAUUUACUCAACUUUAAAAGAGUUUAAGAAGUAAAUGUUGCUUUGAGGCUUGUUUUUUUUUUUUCAAAUCUGCACACACCCAUUAUUUAAUCAAGGAACUGAAAAGUACCUAAAUGAAAACAAAAUCUGCUUUAGCAGAAAGGAAAAUAAAACACAGCAGUUUUGGUCAGUUGCUGGCAAUGUAACAAAGUCUUGCAUUUUGUGCUUUUUUUUUUUUUGUUUCAAGUUCCUAUUAACUGAGGUUGCAGAAGGCACAUGUGCAUUGUUCAUUUCAUGGAAUUGCGCUUUAAGCUCUGCUUAGUGUAUCUCUGGAAAAUAAGACAAGUGUAACGUACAACACGCAAAGCUCCCUCUGAGCCACUUCACAUCCCACACAGUAACUUUUAAGGAACUUCUAAUUCCCAUAAAACUGGCAGUGUAAAACCAAAGCCAUUUUUCAUGAUUAUCUGCUAUGUACACUACAUAAAGACAAGAAAUGUGUUCUGUUUCUGAGAUACUGUAAGGUUUGUAGUGACUUAUGGAUAAACAUGUACAACAAUGCCA